AAAACGUAGCGUCCCUUAAACCUCCUAAAACCCCAUUCCGCCAUGGCAGCCCUGAAGCUUCUCUUCUCCACGGCUCGUAGUCACUCCCGUUUCCGCCCCUCUCCGUUUCUCCGCUCCUUCUCCUCCGAAUCAUAUCAACCCCUUAAACCCCAGCCCAUCUCAAUCGAACCCGUCUCCUACGCCCCCAAACCCAAACCCGCACAACACUCCUCACCCGACCCGGACCCGGCUCCGGCUCCCGAGCAAACAGACACGACUCCGAAGGUCGGCAGCGGCGAUUCGGGUCAGGCGGCGUUGACCCGGGAAGAAGCCCGGUUCGUGAAGGAGGGGCCGUCCAUUACGCCGGUGUCGUACCAGCCCCGGGUGGCGCCGCUGCCGGAAGAUAAGGUUGUCGUCGGCGGCGGAUUUGCGGGGAAGGAGGAGGAGGAGCUGGAGAGGGAGAAGCAGAGGAUGGAGCAGUCUAAGAGGAGGGCGUUUAGGGCGGCAGAGACUGUGGCGGUUCCUUUUCCGACGUUUAUUAAGGUGGCGAAGAAGGAGAGGAAGCCCAUUCUUGAUUUGGUCGACGCAAUUCGACAAGUCAAGGCUGCUGCCAAGUGCAACUUUGAUGAAACCGUUGAAGCUCAUGUACAGUUGGGUAUUGAUGCCAAGCGAAAUGCGGUUCGUGGCAACAUGACCUUGCCCCAUGGUACUGGAAAGGUAGUCAGGGUUGCUUUCUUUGCUGAAGGUGCUGAUGCAGAUGAAGCUAGAGCUGCUGGAGCAGAUAUUGUUGGCGGUGUUGACCUUGUGGAGGAAAUUGCAAGCAGUCGUAAACUGAAUGUUGACAAGUGUUUUGCAACAAAUGAAAUGGUUAUACGUCUAGCGAAGAUAGCGAGGAUUCUUAGAGAGCGUGGUUUAAUGCCUGACAGAAAACUAGGUACUGUGACUAAUGACAUUGUUGGGGCACUACAUAAAGUAAGGCAAGGUCACAUUGAGUACAAAAUGGACAGAACAUCAAUUGUCCAUGUUGGGCUUGGAAAGGCAAGCUUUACAGAGGAGUAUAUCCGUGAGAAUGUUGGUGCAUUUAUGAGUUCUCUUUUGCUGGCAAAGCCUACGGGUCUAAAAAAGUCGUCCAAAUAUGCUGGGUACAUCAACUCCUUCCACAUAUGUAGCACAAUGGGCUCUAGUUUUCCAGUUUCAAUACAGUCAUUAUCCAAAGCUGCAGAUAGCUACAAUAAAAUGCACCUCAAGUCAUGAGCUCUGCUGACAUAUCCAGCCUAGAUCAAAAUCAAAUUUUCUUUUAUUUAUUUUUGUUACUUUAACCUUUUGGGAACAGAGGGCUUUGACUUCCUCGGAGCAAGAUGUUGAUCUACUUAAAUGGAUUAGUAUAUCUACGUGGUCUGAUCUAUCAGUCUUAGUUUUGCUUCAGUCUUAUGGUUGGUAGUACUGCUCCCUCAUCUACAUGAUCGUAAUAUUUGUUGUAAGGUCCCAUCAAAAUCUAGUGUAAUUGACUUGUUCAUUCUCAGAAGUGUCAAACCAAAGAGGGUCACUGUUUUGAUUUAACAAGCUAUUUAACUGUUUUCUUGAUGAAUAAAAUUAUUGCUUCAAUUUUUCAUGGAUGAGGAAUUGAAGAUCCAAAUUUCUCUCCUGAACUUGAAGUAUAUGCGCUUCCACGACU